AUGUACGAUGCACGGAGUUUAAUGCAAUACGUUAAUAGUCUCAUAAAAUGCAGACAUAAUUUAUACGGCAUACGAAACAUUAUACACGUUUUCCAAAUCUUAUAGCCAACGCUGCACGCGGAUGGUUUCUAGUUUUUUAAUUAAAAGGGCUGUCGUGUUUAUAAUUUAAAUAAAGUUAUUAGGUUUUGUAUCGGGAAAACAUGGCGGCCUCCUUUCUGAAGGUUGCAGCGACAUGUGUCUCAAGGUGUGCUGCUCUCCAGUCCCUAUCAGUGAGAACGUUCUCUUCAUCGUUACCCGUCAGUCAAAGUGUCCCUCCGUCCCUAUGGAAGCUGGGUAGAUUGAACCAUGUUGCGAUCGCUGUACCAGACUUGGAGAAGGCAACAGCUUUGUACCGGGAUGUCCUUGGUGCCCAGGUGAGCGCUACUGUGCCCUUGCCAGAGCAUGGGGUUUACACCGUGUUUGUGGAGCUGGGCAACACCAAACUGGAGCUCCUGCACCCUCUGGGAGAAAAGAGCCCCAUUGCAGGCUUCCUGCAGAAGAAUAAAGCUGGAGGAAUGCACCACAUCUGCAUCGAGGUUGAUGAUAUAAAUUCAGCAAUAGCAGAUCUAAAGGCAAAGAAUAUCAGACUGCUUUCCCCAGAGCCGCGGAUAGGCGCUCACGGCAAACCUGUGAUGUUCCUCCACCCUAAAGACUGUGACGGGGUUCUUGUCGAAAUAGAGCAAGCGUAGUACUCAACAUGUCUCUUCUAAAAACUCUACACAAAAUGAUACUUUGAUGUUACUAAUGAAGUUGAAGAAAUGACAUAAGCUAAAGGUGUUCUUUCACACUCAGCUGUAGGGUUUGACAUUUUCCUUGUCUGUAAAUUAUUGGAUGCAGAUUGCAAUAUUCCAUAUCAUUUAAAAGCCUUCAUCUAAGGUAACACUAGCAAUCUAAUUGAUAUUGUUAAUAAUAGUGCCAGUGGUAAUGGAUAUUGUUCCCAUCCUAAAACCACCUACUUUAUGUAAUGAGGCCUAGAAGGCAGCACAUGUAGCCUGACCAGUGACAUGUAAAUGUAUAGUAUUAUCACUAUAAUCUGUUUCACUGUUGGAUACACAAUCUCAUCAUCUUUUCACUUUGUAGAAGACAUGAUGGCGUUCCUGUCGUUUUUCUGACCGCAAAAUCCAGAUUGUUUUCACCCUUUCCCUCAUGCAAUACAACUUCAUUUAGAGAACUCAGUGAGUGAAAAUGCAUCACAGGCCCGGAACUGUUCCACUCCUUAUCCAACCCCUCCUCAGCCUUCAGCUCACUGUCUUCACAAGAAUUAGCAUGUUACUGGGAUACAAUUUGGACCAUUUCCAUCUCUCAGAUGUCUCUCGUUCUGCUGCUUGCUCCAUAAAUCACUUCCCUUCGGACACAGCUGGAGGAGGGAGAUUAGAAAACCCAUGUUUUCUCAAAGUUUCCUGUCUGUUUGGUUUUUACUUUGUUACUUUGUUGACGCUUUUGAAUUAUUGGAAUAAAAGGGUCUGAUUUGCAGCUUAAA